AUGGACGCCGCGCUGGCUUCAUUCCAGGCGCGUCUCGCGACCUUUGGCGGAGCAGCGACGACCACAAAGACGCGACGCACGAGCAGCAGAUCGAAAAAGGCAGGCACAAAGUCCAAAGCCGGCUGGCCAUUGGCUUCACCAGCGGCACAAGAUCUCGCGUAUGCGGGUUUCGUAUGGAGGCCGACUACCGCCAGCCCUGACAACGUGCAAUGCUUCUCCUGCGAGUGCCAGCUCGACGGCUGGGAAGAAUCAGACGUCCCGGCAUAUGAACACGCGACACAUUCGCCGAGCUGCGGCUUCGCAGUCAUCGCGUGUAUUCGCCUGCGUUCUGGCGACCCAGGCAGAACUGAAGAAGACCCGACCUCCGACGCGAUGGUCGCGGCGCGUCGCGACACGUUCGGCGACAUGUGGCCUCUCGACCCCAAUGCUGGCUACCCCUCGGUCGAGCAGAUGGUCGCCGCGGGAUGGUUCUACGACCCCACAGACGAAACUCCCGAUGGUGUCACCUGUGCAUACUGUGCUCGCGCACUCGACGCCUGGGAUAUUGGCGAUGAUCCGAUGCAAGAGCACCGUAAACGCUCUCCCGACUGUCUCUUCUUCACAUUGUCCGACAUCUACAACCCACCCAUCCCUGCGCCAAAGAAGGGCAAGCGCGCUUCAAAAGCCAAGGGUCGUUCAGCACGCUCGUCUACCGCAUCCACUGCGAGCAAGAAGGCUACGCGUGGCAAGAAACACAUCGACGACACCACAAUGGAGGACAGCGAACUAUCCGAGGUGGCGCGCCCGGCACCCAAACGCGGCAAGAAGCAGAUCGACGACACCAUGGAUACCAUUGAAGUUUCAGAGGUCGUUCAGCCCGCACCCAAACGCAGCAAGAAACGUACAAGCGAUGCGAUGGACAUUACCGAAGUCUCAGAGGCUGUACCCGCACCCAAGCGCGGCAAGAAGCGCAUGAGCGAUGCGAUGGAAAUGACUGAGAUGUCAGAAGUCACACAACCAGCACCGAAGCGCGUUCGAUCAUCAAGCAUUGAAAGUUUCCCCAGCGACUUGCCGGGCGGAACACCUAAGAAGACUCCGACUCAUACCCAAGACCACGUCGCAUCAGACUUCGACAUGUCCAGCCUGCCAGGCGACCUGAUGGUGGGAACACCUAAGAGGACCCCACCUCCUAUGAGCGAGGCAGAUGACAACAACGGCUGGGAGCCCGCCAAUGUGGACAUGCUCUUCGCGUCCCAGGGAGAGGCCCAGGGCCUGAUGCAAGACAUUCUCAUCGACGCCGGGCUUGACAACAUCGAGGCUGCUGGCUCGACACCCGAGCAAAUCUUCGACGCUGUCAUGGCAAACCUCACAGACCACGAAAAGUCCAUGACCAUCGAGCAAUGGGUCCUUUACAACGCCAAGCGGGGCGAGGAGAAGUUGCGCAUGGCCUGCGAAAGGCAAAUCAUGGCAUUCGAGGCUGAGGGCCAACGCGCCAUGACAGUCUUGGAGGCCAUUCCCACUAUUUGA